CUCGCCCCUCCCGCCCAGUCCCCCGGGAGGCCCCGGCCGGUGCCGCUGUCGCCAUGGUCGCGGUUGUCGCGACUGUCCCGCCGCUGGUGGCGGCCGUCUGCCUGGCGCUCUGGGGCCCUGCCGGGUCCGGCCGGCUGCUGCUGACCGGGGUCGGGGCCGUCCUGGCGGGACUGGCCGCCCUGGCCGGGGUCAAGGCUCUGGUGGCCCACGCGCGUCUGUGGCACCGGCUAAUGCCCGUGCCCAGCGUGGCCCGCGCCCUUCCUCUGGUGGGCCACGCUCUGCUCCUGAAGCCAGGUGGUACAGACUUGUUUCAACAGGUGAUCCAGUACACGGAGGAGUUUCGCCACAUGCCCCUAUGGAAACUGUGGAUCGGACCUGUCCCCAUGGUGAUUCUGUACCACGCGGAGAGCGUGGAGGUGAUCCUCAGCAGCUCAAAGCAAAUCAGCAAAUCCUAUGUAUACAGGUUUCUGGAGCCAUGGCUUGGCCUGGGGCUACUGACCAGCACCGGGGGGAAAUGGCGCUCCCGAAGGAAGAUGUUGACCCCAACCUUCCACUUCUCCAUCCUGGAAGAGUUUGUGGGGGUCAUGAAUGAGCACGCUCAGACCCUAGUAGAGAAAUUUGAGAAACACGUCGACCGAGAUGCCUUUGAUUGCUUCAUGGACAUCACCCUCUGUGCCCUAGACAUUAUCUGUGAAACUGCCAUGGGCAGGAACAUCCAGGUGCAGACCAAUGGCGAUUCAGAAUAUGUUCGGACCAUCUACAGGAUGAGCGACCUGAUCCAGAGAAGGAUUUUGAUGCCAUGGCUGUGGCUCGACCCCUGCUACCUACUGUUCCAGGAAGGCCGGGAGCAUCGGCAGAAGCUCCGGGUUCUGCAUGAGUUCACAGACCGCGUGAUCGCAGAACGCAGCAAGGAGCUGGAGUGGAGCCGGCAGAUGGCCCUGAAGGGCCCUGGGUCCUCAUGUGCCAGGCGCCGGGCUUUCCUAGACCUGCUCCUGGAGACUGCAGAUGAUGCCAGAAAUGGGCUGAGCCUGCGCGAUGUGCGGGAGGAGGUGGACACGUUCAUGUUUGAGGGCCACGACACCACUGCUGCAGCUAUGAGUUUCGUCCUGUACCUCCUUGGAUCUUGCCCAGACGCCCAGAGGAAAGUGAAUGAUGAACUGGAUCGGGUGUUCGGGGACUCUCCUCGCCUUGCCACAAUGGAUGACCUGAAGGAACUGCGCUACCUGGAGUGUGUCAUUAAGGAGAGCCUGCGGCUUUUCCCUUCUGUGCCCUUCCUGGCCCGCACAGUCAGCGAGGACUGCUGCAUCGCUGGAUUCUGCAUCCCCAAGGGCACUACUGCUCUCAUCUGCCCUUUCGCUCUGCACCGGGACCCCAGGUAUUUCCCCAACCCCGAGGAAUUCCGGCCAGAGCGCUUCUUGCCUGAAAAUGCCCACGGUCAGCACCCGUUUGCCUACGUGCCUUUCUCCGCAGGACUGCGCAACUGCAUUGGUCAGAGGUUCGCCCUGCUGGAGGAGAAGACUGUCCUGUCGUGCCUCCUGCGGCGAUUCUGGGUGGAAUCAGUCCAGAAGCGGGAGGAGCUCAGCCUGGCUGGAGAGCUGAUCCUCCGCCCCACCUGCGGCUUGUGGAUCAGGCUGAAGAGGAGGAGAGUGAAGACCUCCCUGGACUAGCCCCAGACCAGGAGGUGUCUCCCUGCGUCUUCCAACGCCCCCCCCCCCCGCCCCGCGACCUCCCACCCCCUGGCCUCAUCCUGGGGAUCAGGCUCCAUGGGCCCGGGCUUGGCCACCCCGCCCACCCAGGGUCUGCACGGUGCCACUGACCAGCCGGGCCUGGGUCUGAGCCUGGGCCUGGGCAAUUCCCUGUGGCCCGUCCUGAAGACGGAACUUCGGUCCUCUCAGGACUUUCUGUUUGGUGUCUAGUAGCUCCGCACGCACCGCCCUCGGGGGCAUCCAACUCCUCCUCUCUCCCUUCUCUUCCCCCUCCUCCUGCCCCUCAGCCUGCCCCCCUCUUUUCCUUCUCUCCCCCCCACCUCCUCCCCUUCUCUCUCCCCUCUUUGAGCCCUUUCUUCCUGUUUCAGCAUUUUCACUUUUUCUUUGGGUACAAACAAAUCUGUUAUUGCCGGUCUCAUGGCCGUCGUUGUUUUAAAAGUGGUAGUAAACUUUAAACAGA